GCCCCGCCCCCGUUCGUGUCCCGAACAUGCGCAGUCGCUCUUCCUUCCGGCCGCCCGUACGUCGGGCGUGCGUCAAGAUGGCUGCCGCCUUCCCGCACACGCUUCUGAGGCGGCUCCCUAACCUCUUGCGGAGUUCCUAUGGAGUUCAGGUUCCCCUCCGGACUCUUUGCUCCAAUGGUCCUCCUGAAGAAGGUUCUCCAUCCUCACUUCCUGUUUCCCCUUAUGAGAAUGAACCUUGGAAAUACCUGGAUUCAGAAGAGUACCAGAACCGCUAUGGUUCUCGCCCCAUUUGGGUCGACUACCGCCGCAAUCACAAAGGUGGUGUACCUCCACAGCGGACCCGAAAGACAUGUAUUCGUAAAAAUAAAGUUGCUGGAAAUCCUUGUCCUAUCUGCCGGGAUCACAAGUUGCAUGUUGACUUCAGGAAUGUGAAACUCUUGGAACAAUUUGUUUGCGCCCACACCGGUAUGAUCUUCCACGCCCCAUAUACAGGGGUCUGUAUGAAGCAGCAUAAGAAGCUGACCCAGGCCAUCCAGAAAGCCAGGGAGUGUGGUCUCCUCAGUCACUACGUUCCCCAGGUUGAGCCCCGAGACGCUGACUUCCGUGCUAUCCAUGGGGCUGUCAGUGUUACUCCACCGGCCCCCACAUUAUUGUCAGGCCAACCUUGGUACCCAUGGUACAGCUGGCAGCAGCCACCAGAGCGAGAACUGUCCCGCCUUCGCCGGCUCUACCAAGGAAAUCUCCUAGAAGAAAGUGGUCCCCCACCUGAGUCCAUGCCCGAGGUGCUGCCCACUACACCACCAGCAGAAACCUCCACUGAGCAGAUGAGCUCCCAGAGUGCUUAGAGCUUGUGAGCUAGGGAAGAAGUCGGGGACUAAGGGAGUCAGUCGGUCCUCUUCUGACAGACCCUGAAGAGGACGUGAUUGCUGAAGAGGACAGACACGUCUGAGGUUGAGGAGAGGUCUCGAUGCACAUGGGAAACUGGCUGGAAGGGUUCAGACAUGAACAGGAGACUCUUCUUCGUGUGUGCCCUUGAUACUGUGUCCCUGUGUUAAACCUGCUGGCACAGCUUUUCUGCAAUAAAGCUGUCUCUCUGUGUC